AUGGUGUUAACUGGCCAUUUCAUUGAUGCUGACUGGGUUUUGCAGAAAUGCAUUCUUACUUUUGUUCAUGUUCCUCCUCCUCGGCGUGGUGUUGAUAUUACUGAUGCAAUCUUCAAAUGUCUUAAAGAUUGGGGCAUUGAAAAUAAAAUAUUUAGUGUGUCAGUGGAUAAUGCACUCUACAAUGAUAUAUGUUUGAAAGAGUUAAAAGUUUUGAUUUUAAGGCACCGAAAGUUAGUGUCAAAUGGAAAUUUAUUUCAUGUGCGUUGUUGUGCACAUAUACUAAACUUGCUUGUUCAAGAUGGUAUUGGGAAAAUAGGAAAAAUAGUUGAAAACGUGCGUGAAAGUGUGAAGUUCAUCAAUCAGUCUGAAGCAAGGUUGCAAACAUUCUCACAAAUAGUUCAACAACUAAAGCUUAGUGGUAAAAAAUUAAUUCUUGAUUGCCCUACUCGUUGGAACUCCACUUAUCAAAUGUUGUCAGUUGCCAUGCAGUUCAAAGAAGUCUUCCCUCGUUUUCAAGAUCGAGAACCAAGCUAUACAACUCUUACAGAUGAUGAUGAUUGGGAAAAGGUUGAAAAAGUUUCCAAGUUGCUAGAGGUAUUUAAUGUUGUUACAAAUAUUAUUUCUGGUAGUGAAUAUCCAAUUGCUAACUUAUAUCUUGCUGAGGUGUUUCGAAUCAAGCUAGUUUUAGAUCAAGCUAUCGAUGAUGAAUCUGAUUUUAUGAAAGAAAUGGCAAAAGCGUUGAAGGAAAAAUUUGACAAAUAUUGGAGUCAAUGUAAUCUUGUAAUGUCCCUUGCUUCUGUUUUGGACCCUAGGAUCAAAAUGAUGGGUGUUAACAUGUGUUUUCCCUUAAUUUAUCCGAAAGAUGAAGCUAGAAAAAAUAUAGAAAAUGUGCAUAUUGCUCUUGAUGAUAUGUAUAAAGAGUAUGUUGAUCUACCUAGUGAGCACAGUGAAGAAGGAUCUGGUAGAACUCUUGUUGAUCAAAAUGGGCUUAUUUUGGAGCCACAAAAAUCCUCAGGGUGGUCAUUGUUAAUGAAUUAUGUUGAAGAGCAACAAGCAAUUCCUGCUGUAAAAUCUGAAACGAAGAGUACUUGA